AUGAGCUUCAAUUAUCCUUAUGUUUCUAUAAGCUAUUGCAGAUCACAAGCCUCUGGUAAAGUAAUAAGCGGAGAGGAACAUUUUUCAAGCAAAAAGUGCCUGGCUUGGUUUUAUGAAUAUGCAGGUCCUGAUGAAGUUGUGGGGCCAGAAGGGAUGGAAAAGUUCUGUGAAGACAUUGGUGUUGAGCCUGAAAAUAUUAUUAUGUUAGUUUUAGCCUGGAAACUAGAGGCUGAAAGCAUGGGAUUUUUUACCAAGGAAGAAUGGUUAAAGGGGAUGACCUCAUUACAGUGUGACUGUACAGAAAAAUUACAGAGUAAAUUUGAUUUCUUGCGGUCACAAUUGAAUGACAUUUCAUCCUUUAAGAAUAUCUACAGAUAUGCCUUUGAUUUUGCAAGGGAUAAAGACCAACGAAGUCUUGAUAUUGAUACUGCAAAAUCCAUGUUAGCUCUUCUGCUUGGAAGAACUUGGCCACUGUUUUCAGUAUUUUACCAAUACCUGGAGCAAUCGAAGUAUAGAGUUAUGAACAAGGAUCAGUGGUACAAUGUGUUAGAAUUCAGCAGAACUGUCCAUGCAGAUCUUAGCAACUAUGAUGAAGAUGGUGCAUGGCCUGUACUUCUGGAUGAAUUUGUUGAAUGGCAAAAGGUUCGUCAAGCGUCAUAGCAAGAACAAUUCAGAAGAAAAUGCAAAAGUUUUUUUUGAUGCCCACCUCUACACAAACUAAUGAGAAAAACAAAGGAUUGCAUUUUCAUUCUUAUGAAAGACUUUACAGUAAUUUUUUUUCCUUUUCUAAGGAAGUUUUCUUGUUACAUGUGAUAUGGGCAUUGAACCACACCUCUUCUGAGACUGAAAGUUGGAGUUUUUGUUUUGAGUCUUAUGUUUAUAGCAUUUAUUUCAGAACAAUAAAGAUUCAGAUUUGUGACAAAGGCCUAAAAGUGAAGAAUGUCCCUUGAAUGCGAGUGUGGUGUCUGUUUUUAAAACCAAAUCUUGAAGAUAUCUUUCUCAGAAGUGUCCUUUGCUAGGAAUUUUUGAGACCUUAAAAAUGCUUAACUGGCACUGUUGCUUGCUGAUAGUAUGACUGUCUUGUGUGACAAACGUUAGAAAGAAUGACUGGUUUUUUGUUUGUUUUUUGAGCCCUGGGUGGGGGCAUGCUAAUUUGCAUAUUAAGUAUUGAUCAUGGGUUAUGCCACAGUUCUCGGCUCCUUGUGGAGAUAAAGGCCUUAAAUUCAUUUUUUGUUCGGUACCCACGCAGUGGUAUGGCAUUUGAUGGUAGACCCUCUUAAAGCAGAAAGGUAUAGAGCAUAUGGCUGCAUAUGCAGUAUGGCUGAAAACUAAUUACCUGUACUUCAGAUGGUUAACAUAAAUACUCUUUAGUACAGUAAGGCAGCUUCAAAUUUUUAUUACAACUUAGACUUUGAAUUGCUUUGUAUAAGAAGUGCAAUUUAUAUUUUAAAAGGGAAAGCUGGAAAGACUUAGUUUCAAGACUACCUUUGCUUCUUAUGUGUUUUAGACUGGAAGCAUUCACAGCAUGAUUUUUUUUUUUUUUGUAAAUCACCUUGGAAGUAUUUCAUAAUGUAAGGCCAAAAGAGAAAAUUAAAUGAUAGGUGUUUGACCUGUAUGUAACACCUAUAAAUUUUAACCUAGUUACUCAUGUAUUGAGUCCAGUAACUGCUGUGGCUGCCCUUUUAGGCAUGCAGUAUUAGUGGCAACCUUUAAAUGCAGUAAAAGUUUGUUACUCUACCCUCUUGCCCAAGAGGUUGAAUACCGCUCUUGAGGAGGAAGGAGAUUUCAAUGAGUAAGUAGAAAAUCUGAAAUAAAAUAAGAAAAACAAGCAUUUCUAACUUCUACUUUAUUAUAUAAUUAUGUUAAUUAGACUGUGAUAAUGCCACAAGACUCCAGUCACUUAUCAAGGCUUUGAUGUGCCAAAUGUUUCAAGAGCUUGAAAAAAACUAGAUAGUAUAAGCUAGGCAUGACUUGAAGAUCUUUGCCUCAGGGAAAUGACUUCUAUUUUGCACAUCCCUUAUUCAGACUGACAAGUGUGAGGUUUUCCUGUUCUUAAGGAAAAUUUAUUCCCAAGAUCAAUAAUUACUUCACAGUGAGGGGGGGAAGGGGAAGAGUUGAGGAGAAAGAGGAGGGGAGAAAUAAUGGAGGAAGUGGGACAAAGUAGUGGUGUGUGUCCAUGCUCUUGUUGUACUAGAGAGAACUGUUCUUGCUACUCUCCAGAGUAGGUUGCUGUUCAGGGUGCAGGAGGUAAUGCCAGUCAGUGGUAAAACUAUCCAUGGAUAGUUUUACAAGUCACUGAAUAUAGUGCAGUUGAACAUGGGAAGUUUGAUUCUGUCCAAGUGGGGAAAAAAAACCACUGAAACAGAAAUCAGCUCAGAUACUUUUAGAUCGCUGUGCUUGUACAGUGGCUAGUGUCUAUGCACAUGUAAACACAUGCGCUAAAUAUUUUUGCAGUCUUUCUCGAGAAAGUACUUAAUUUUAGACCUCAUGUCAACUACAACAGUUCUCUUAAGUGUUACAAGUUAUCGAUUUGCAUUGCUGAUAAUUCUGAUUUCACCCUUAGCAAGCGUGCCUUUCAUUUGGAAAUUGCCCUAUAAAACUACAGGAAAAUCAGUGCCAGAAUGAGAGUAACUUCAAGAGUCCCAAGAUCCACUGGUAGAAUAGGCCCCUAAAAUGCACAGGAUAAAGAUGCACCAAAUAACUUGCUCCAAGGAAAGUAUUCCUGUAUACUAAAUCACUGCAAGGGCACUGAUUCUGAAAUGAAUGCCUAAAAUUCACUGCAAUGGCUAUCCUUGCUUAGUAUAGUUAGCCCCUGUUAUACUGGGAAAUUCUCUUUCCGGAAGUCUUGAACUACAGGUUAGAAGUUAAAUGUUUUAUAGUGUGAUUUAAAAAAAAAAUCAUUUUUUAGGUAAUUGCGAACUGUUGUGAAUUCAAUUUAAACCGGUUGGUCCUAGAGGAUGGUAUUGGUGUCUGACAGUAGGAGUAAUGCAUCCACCAAUCCAGGUGGUCAAGAACUUACCGUUAAGGUAUAGGACACUGUGUGAUGUAUCAUUUGUAUCUCUGUUAAGGUUUUACCAGUAUUCCUAUAAUAAAUCCAUGUUUCAGGGAUUUAUGACUUGGUUGUGUGUGUGAUUGAAAAUCAUCAGUUACUGUAAAGCUUUGACUGGGAGUGAAUGUAUUUAAACUACUUAAAAUCAAUAUAGUUUUUCAAAUUUGAAUGAAAUAGGAUUUUAAGUUAUGUUUAUGUGCUCAAAACUGCAAUCAGAUUUAUUGUUUAAAUGUGAACUAAUGGCUUGUACAGUUUCAUUGUGAGCUGAUCACUUUUAUUAGCUGUCUUUUAUUAAACCACCUUACAGCUUACUGUGGAUAAGUGCCAAAAGCUAUUUAUUUUUUUAAAUUUUUGCAUGUCCACAAGCCAAAAUCAAGUUCAGCUAAAAGCUUUCUUUAGCCUUUGAAUUUUAAUUGCGCUUUGCUCAGGUGCGUUUCAGUUUAUUGAGUUAAAGACACCUUAUUUUCAAUAUUUUAAAAAGUUCACUGGUGAAAUAUGCUGCCACAGUUAUGACAAUAAUAAAAGUGAAGGUGAACUGUCUUCCAAAACAAAAUGAUAGUGGUGUCUAUCUUGAUGUUAUAAAUUUCACUUAAAUCUCAUCCUCAUUUCUUGAUAUCAAUUCUCCUUAACAUAGCUAAUUUUUUAAGACAACUAAGUUUGAGGUUUUUCUUGUUUUCUCUCUCUCUCUCUCUCUUGCUCCCUGAAAACACCCAUUUGUUCAUGGAAAAAGCCAUACUGGUAGGUUGGAAUGUAAUAUUUCUUCUAUGUAAAAAUGUGAUUUUUUUUUUUUUGAAUUAAACAGUCAUGUAUGUUUAUUUGUUUGUCUUUAACUAUAUAUAUAUAUAUAUAUAUAUAUAUACACACACACAUAUAUGGUUCCAAUCUAAUUUAUCUUUAUCAUUUAAAGAUCUAAUUCUUUACUAACGGCUGUAAUUUCACAUUUCUAUAUAGUUGAGUUUAUUUUUUGCAUUUGAGAUUCGUAUAGACACAAACUUGGUACCAAUCACAGAUGGUCCAAAAGGGGGCACUGUGGUCUAUAUUUGAAUUGUUAAGAUUUUUCACCUCUGUCAAAAGCUUUGAGCUGAUAUAUUGAUACUGACUACACAAAAAUUACAAAAGGGACCAUAAGUUUAAUGUUUCUAAUGUUUUGUUCAUUUCUUUUUAAGCUAAUGAACAGUUCUUUCAAUGUGAAGUGUACAACCUUGUACAAGUUUAGCUUUAAGUAUCGCAAAUAAAAAUGUUAUGUAAUAGGGCAGAAAACUUA